UGUUGUUGCUCGGAGUACGAUCAAGACGACUGCUCAGUGGCCGUGUCUGGUCCGGGCAGUGCGCUCCGCGGUGACAGGAGAGCGGAUCUUCUGUUAACCUGGCGCAAACCGCAGCGGAACUUCGCUCCUUUUUCUGCACUUUGACAUCGAUGUGUUUUGGGGGAGAGGAGGAAGGAGCAGGGUUUCGGGUAGACCCCGCUGUGACCAACGCUGGAUUUGUUUUCAAACAUUUUUUCUUCCCUCCUUCACCACCUCGCCUUCAUCUCCAUCUCUCAUCCGGCGGGUUCUUUUCUGGUGUCUAGACCGCCUCGAAGACGAGCAGCUCGGGGAACAGUGAGGACUUGUUGCGCGUCUCCGGGGAGCGCACCAGUCCAGUUUUCAUCCAAGUCGAUACUGUACCUGCGUGCGAUGCUUUGAUUUGAGCGGUGCGACGUGUCUGCGGAGCGGGAAUGGACUGUGGAGAUCAGCUCGGACUAACAGCCUGAAGUCAGCACGGCUCGGUGCUCAGUGACGAUGAGAAUCUGAUCAUAAUUAACGAAAUUGGGGUGAUUGGUUUUCUUCAGUGUGACCGAGCUGCUGUUGCUGCUGCUGCCGCUGCUGCUGCUGCUGCACGGCUGAUGCUUUAGGAGCCUGUUUCUGCUUUAAAUGGCACCCACGCUCAACCGAGGCAAACUUUAUUCGGGUCAGAUCCGACGAGUUGAUUAAUUUCCUUUUUUCUUUUUUAAUUUUUUUUAAACUUGAAUCGAGCAUUUGCUUCUCAUCGACAUGUCUGAACGAGAUGGAUUUGGAGACGGGCUGUGCAGCGACGGAGCGCCGGACUGCAUCCCGCCUAGAGCGUCCCGCGGCCGGCGGAGCGGAGUCAUCCUCCCCGGUGGCGGCCAGGACACCGACACCAUCCUGCUGGAGUCGGUGAAGGCAGCACCUCGCCGAAGCAGCAUCAUAAAGGAUCCCUCAGUCCAGAAGGUGGGCGGCGGCAGGAAGAAGACCGUGUCCUUCAGCAGCAUGCCGUCAGAGAAGAAGGUGAGCAGCGCCGCAGACUGCCUGGCGUUCAUGCAGGGAGGCUGUGAACUGAAGAAGAUCCGGCCCAACUCCAGGGUUUACUGUCGUUUCUACACCCUGGACCCGGACCUGAGCUGCCUGCGCUGGGAGCCGUCUAAGAAGGACGGCGACCGGGCUCGGCUCGACGUCUCCAGCAUCCGGGAGGUCCGCACCGGGAAGAGCACCGAGACCUUCCUCCAUAACGGCCCUCUGUCUGAACACCUGGCGGAGGAGGCGGCCUUCUCCAUCAUACAUGGGGACGAGUAUCAGUCCCUGGACUUGGUUGCAUUGUCCGCAGAUGUGGCCAACAUCUGGGUCACAGGCCUUCGCUACCUGCUGGCCCACCCCUCUGUGAUUGGCGGGGCCGGGGGAGGUGGCGGAGGAGUGGGAGUGCUGAGCGAGGGAGGGGGUUUGUCGGUAGAGGGCAGCCUGGGGAGCAAGAUGAGGAGCGAGUGGCUGGCGGCGGAGUUCGCCCAGGUGGACGAAGACGGCUACGGCAUCGUGUCCGAGGACGUGGCGGUCGCCACCAUCUGUAAACUCUGCCCCGGCAUCAAGGAAGCAAAGGUGCGUCUGCGCUUUAAGGAGAUCCAGCGCAGCAAAGAGAAACUGACGUCCCACGUGACGCGCGAGGAGUUCCAGGAGGCCUUCUGCGAGCUCUGCACCCGGCCCGACGUCUACUUCCUGCUGGUGCAGCUCUCCAAGGACCGCGAGUGUCUGGACCCCCAGGACCUCCGCCUCUUCCUGGAGACGGAGCAGGGUUUGUCUCUGGCGACGACCGAGGGCUGCUGGGAGCUGCUGAGGCGCUACGAGCCGUCGGCCCAGGGCAGGGAGAGGGGGCUGCUGGGUCUGGACGGAUUCGCUCGCUACCUGCAGUCGCCCGAGUGUCAGCUGCUCGACCCGGAGCACCUGGGGGUGUGUCAGGACAUGAACCUGCCUCUGUCCCACUACUACGUCAGCACCUCGUACCGCUCCUACCUGCUGGAUGACCAGGUCCACGGCCGAGCGGACCUGGGAGGGCUGAUGAAGGCGCUGCAGACCGGCUGUCGUUGCCUGGAGCUGGGGGUGACUGACGGCCCGGAGGGGGAGCCUCUCCUCGGAGUCGACUACGGUCCGGACAUCCCCCGCCACCAUCAUCACCACCACCACCACCACCACCACCACGCACCUGUGACCAUCCGCUCGGCUCUGGAGGUGGUCAAUAAGUACGCCUUCCUGACCUCUCAGUACCCGCUCCUGGUCUACCUGUGUCAGCGCUGCUCUCCGGCCCAGCAGCGCACCAUGGCGCAGCACCUGAAGAAAGUGUUCGGCUCCCGCCUUUACACUCCAGAGGCCCUACCUGUCAGCCUGGGGGGGCGAGCGACCACCUUACCCUCCCCCGAGCAGCUGAAGGGACGCAUCCUGCUCGUGGGGAAGAAGCUGCCCCCGGAGCAGGACGGCUCUGAUGGGGAGGUGUCUGAGGAGGAUGAGGAGAUAGGAGGAGGAGGGCCUUUGGCGGGACGGCGAAUGACCAUCCCCGGUGAGGAGGAACUUGGCGUGGUCUUAGUGGUGCCUCCACCCUCUCAACCCCGGAAGCUCCGCCUCCACAAAGAGCUGUCGGACCUGGUGGCGAUCGCUCGGACCGGCAGCCGCAGCUUCUACGCCCAGAGAGCGAGUCACAAACAGGGUCAGCAGCAGUCGCCCCCCAGCAGCCCCUCCUCCCCCAGCACGCCGAUGCCUCCCGAGCUGCCUUACUGGACACUGUGCUCCCUGGGCGAGGGAGAGGCCGGGCGGCUGACCAGCGAGAGCCCAGAGGACCUCGUCAUGUUCACCAAGCGCACCCUAACCAGGGUGCGACCCAGCUCGGUGCGCCUGGACUCCAGUAACCCGAAUCCACAAGGAUACUGGAAAGGAGGGGUCCAGCUCGUGGCCUUGAACCAGCAGACCCCCGGCGCCAUGCUGGACCUUCACCGAGGGCGCUUCUCGCAGAACGGAGGGUGUGGUUACGUUCUCCGACCCGCUGUGAUGAGGGACGAGGUGUCGUAUUUCAGUGCCCACACACAGGGGUGUGUGCCAGGAGUCCCACCGCAGACGCUGCGCAUCAAGGUUAUCAGUGCCCAUAACCUGCCCAAGCCUCAGGGAUCGGGGGCCAAGGGGGAGGUCAUUGACCCGUAUGUGGUUCUGGAGCUGCACGGUGUCCCAGCUGACUGCGCCGAACAGCGGACGCGCACCGCGGCUCAGAACCAGGACGACCCGCUGUUCGACGAGACCUUUGAGUUUCAAGUGAACAUGCCGGAGCUGGCCUUGCUGCGCUUCGUGGUGUUGGAUGACGACUACAUCGGAGACGACUUCAUCGGCCAGUACAGCGUGGCCUUUGAGUGCCUUCAGCCCGGCUACCGUAAUGUGCCCCUGCUGGGCCUGGCGGGGGACCCCUUACCCCACACCAGCCUGUUCGUCCACGUGGCGGUCACCAACAGGCGAGGAGGCGGGAAGGCCCAGCGACGAGGCCUGUCGGUGAGGAGGGUGGGGAGGCGGGGGCGGGAGUACGUCACGCUGAGGCACACCGGCAUCAAGGUGGUGGAUGAGAGCUUCAAACCGGCCAGCGCCCCCCUGAAGGAGGCGACAGACCUGCGGGAGGAUGCUCAGAGCACCACCGCCAGUUUCAAAGAGCAGUGUGGGCUCCCCACGGUGGCCAAACUCAAGCAGUGCAUCCAGAGCCUGGCCACCAGGCUGCAGAGCCCCGAGGGCACCAUGGGGGCCAGUAUGGUGCUGAAGGAGGGCUACCCGUGUCUGGAGGCUCUGGUCAACCUGUCCGAGCCGACACGCAAACUGCUCGCCGCCUACGACACGAUGAUCGCCGCCCAGAAACAGCUGAUCGAGAACGCAGAUGCCGUUCAGGAGAGGAUCGCCCAGGUGCAGAGAGAAGGCAUGGACUUCCAUGAGGACCUCUCUCGGCACGGCGAGAAAGAGGGACUGAAGGGACGCAAGCUGAGCAAAGCUGUGGAGAGUUUCACCUGGAACAUCACUGUCCUCAAGGGUCAGAGCGACCUGUUACGGGGAGCUAAGAUGGACUCCCUGGAUGCCCUGAGGCAGCUGGCUCUGGCCUGUGAAGCCUGUGGAUUCACCUCCUCCUCCUCGUCCACCAACUCUUCGUCCUCCGCCUUCUCCGCCGCCGAGCUGCACUACUCCUCCCACCCGCUGUCCGUCCGCCGCAGCAGCACACACGGCAACGGACGCAUUUGA